GACGCUAGAAAAACAACACGGAGUAGUCUCUCGAGACAUAAGUCCUUCUGAACGGUUUUGUCAGGUAAACAUUGCAGUAUUCCCAACUGGACUACAUGUUAAGAAGCACACAGCGAUAGCUCUGCAAGCUUGUGGUCAGCAGCCUAUGGAAGAAUCACUGAACGUACUGAUAGAAUCAAAUCACCUAUGAGGUUAUUCAGCCAUGCAGUGUCCCCGGAAGGCUGUGAUUCUGCUGCUGGUGUUUAUAGUAAUCCAGUACACAGCGAUCAAGACUUUCAUAGGCAAACCCUUUCAGAUGUUGCCCAUCCCAAACCUUCUGAACUGUGGCCUAGUGCAAGAGGCCAAGCCUUCCGAACGUGUCUCUGACCCCAACUUAUCACACAAAGUCCCCAGGAAGACUCACAUCCUCAUCCUUGCCACCGCACGCAGUGGCUCAUCCUUUGUGGGCCAGCUGUUCAACCAGCACUGGGACAUCUUCUAUCUGUUCGAGCCGCUCUACCACGUCCACACCACGCUGCUCUACCCGCAGGCCCACAUGCCGGGUCAAGUCAACGCAGCUGACCAGCGCUGGAUGCUGGGCCCCAGCCGUGACCUCUUGCGGAGCCUGUACAGCUGCGACCUCUCCUCCCUGGAAGGCUACAUCAAGCAGGUGCACGGCAACCACACCACAAACAAGCUGUUCCGCCAAGGCGCCAGCCGAGCACUGUGUUCGCCGCCCGUCUGCACUGCGUUCGGACUCUGCCAGACCAACAUCGCGGAGAGCGACUGUGCGGUCAGAUGCCCUACGCUCAACCUGUCGCUGGCCGCCGAUAGCUGCAUGGAGCAUCAGCACGUGGCCAUCAAGACGGUGCGCGUGCAGGAGGUGAACGACCUACGGCCGCUGUUCGAGGACCCGCAACUGAACCUGAAGGUCAUCCAGCUGGUGCGGGAUCCACGUGGCAUCCUCUCCUCCCGGAUCGACACGUUCCGGAAAGCGUACUGGCUGUGGUGGAUCUGGGCGGCCACAGGCCAGAAGCCCCAAAACCUGCCCGUGACACAGCUGACCACCAUCUGUGACGACUUCCUCAGCUCCGUGUCCACGGCCAUGAGCAGGCCACCCUGGCUCAAGGGACGCUACAUGCUGGUGCGCUACGAGGACUUGGCUCUCAACCCGCUGCAGAGGACCAAGGAGAUUUACGACUUCCUGGGACUGGCCAUGGACAAGAACGUGGUGGAUUGGAUUCAGAAGAACACCAGAGGGAGCAGUCAGUGGUUCUCCCGAGGUAAAUACUCCACCAUGAGGAACUCGGCCGCCAACGCAGAGAGCUGGAGGUACAAAUUGCCUUACGACAUUGUUAAGUACACUCAAACGGCCUGUCAGCAGAUUUUACAGGAGCUCGGCUACAAGACAGUCAUAUCCCUUGAGGAGCUGACAGAUAGGUCUGUCUCGCUCAUUGAGGACAAAAAAAUUGAUCCUUUUUUGUAAUAAAGGUAAUGAGGCACAA